GAAGACGCGUGGUGUUGGGGAGCGGAAGUGAGCCGGAGAAGCAGAGAGCGGUAUAUCUUGUUGGAGGAAAGCGUCUCGUUUUAUCGUCUGAGAGACCGACGGCAGAUAUGGCUUCCGUAGUUGACUUAAAAUCGAAGGAAGAGAAGGACGCCGAGCUGGACAGGAAGAUCGAGGCUUUGCGGAAGAAGAAUGAAGCUCUGAUCAGGAGGCAUCAGCUUAUUGAGGAGGACAAAAAGAGGGCAGAGCAGGAAGGCAUCGCUGUCACCACUCCGAGGAAAGGGAAAAACGCCGAGACGGAGCCCGACAAGGCGAGAAAGGAGAAGGAGAACUUCUCAAUCACCGUGGCUGGGGAGAAAAGGGUCAUAAAUGAAGGAAAAUCACCCAAAUCCUCGCCUCGCAUGGACGUGUCUCCAAGAAGCCCCACUCAGAGGAUUACUGGCCGCGCAGGACGAUCUCCGCAAGCGGAAAAGCCAGAGGAGAUUUUCCAGGGGGGCAGCGAGAUUAGCCCUCCGUCAGACAAACCAGCGAGAGGGAGGAGAGGUCCGGGAGCGGAGAUGUCGAGGAGGGGCCAAGAAGGUGACCUGCCAAAGAGAUCUCCGCGGGGGAACAGAGAUGGCUCUCCCGGAGAGAGGUGGGCUUCGUCUCCCAGGGGUGGGCCGGCCGGAGACCGAGGAGGAAGAGGUCCUGGGAGAGGCGGCGGCGCUCCGGGCAGAGGUGGUGAUGCUGCGGGGCCGGACAGGAAAGUCAAGGAGUGGGAAGAACGGAGACGGCAGAACAUCGAAAAGAUGAACGAAGAAAUGGAGAUGAUCGCGGAGUACGAGAGGAGCCGCAGGGACGGGACGAGAGAGAAAAAUCCAAUCCGUAACUUUUUAGACGACCCCAGGAGGUCGGGGCCCGUUGCGGACAUAGACAGAAAGGAGGGGAGCCGAAGGCACAUCCGCAACUGGGGGGGCCCUGACUUCGAAAAAGUGAAAACCGGCAUGGACCGCGACAAGGAGAAUCACGGGAGGAGACCUGGGCCCAAGAGCCAGGUGGAUAUGACCAUGUCGAUGACCGGCAGGGAGCGCGCGGAGUACAUGCGCUGGAAGAAGGAGCGAGAGCAGAUCGACCAGGAGAGACUGGAGCGCCAUCGCAAGCCCACAGGGCAGUGGCGGAGAGAGUGGGACGCGGAAAAGAACGACACCAUGUUUAAGGACGAUGCUUCUCCGCGUGUAGAAGAAGAACCCGCCGGCAGGCGAGACAAAGGGAGGCGCGGACCCCCGAAGCCCCACACCAUAGGAGAAUUCCUCCCCGAGAGCCUCACGGGGUUCAGCCAGAAAAGGGCCCAAAACCGCGGCAAGGAGCGCACCAAGCCGUACAGCAUGCAUGAUAGCCGAUGGGAAGACCCAGAGGAAAAGAAAGAGGAGGCGACUGUGGAUGGAGCAGAAAAGGAGACCUGUUUGGAGAAAGCGGAGGAACCCAAGUCGCAGGAGCCCCGGAAACAAUCUAAACUUAAGUCGUCGCCGGCACCGGCGGAAGGAAAAGAGGAGCACGAAGACGAUGGUGAAUGGACAGAUGCCAGCGGAGAUGAGGAAGAGGAUGAAGAUGAUGAGGGGUCUUCGGAAGCUGAGCAAGACUCGGCCGAUGAAGGUCAUAGCGAAGCUUCCCCCGUCACCCCGCAACCCGCGCCUAAAGAGCAAAGAGUGCCUCCACCCCAUGAGACCCCCAAGCUUACCAUACCGCCCCCCAGUGAGUCUCCGGAGGAGAAAACGCUGGAGAUGAAGCCCACCAGCCCUUUCUCUCCUGAAGGUCAUCGAUCGGUCACUGACUGGGGCGAGGAGAUGGAGCAGCUCUCUAACCGAGGGAGUAGUAAUGAGGACAGUCCUCCCCAAAACCAAGGGAGCGGGGCGAGAACGCAGGCGAGAUCCGCUCUGUCAGACUGAAGAAACCCCGCAGGCUUUAUCGGGAGCAGAAGGCAGGAGCUGUCCACCCAUUAACCCCCUGCUUAUUCCCCCAGAGCCGUUGAACCUGUAGGGGACGCCGGGUGUCGUCGGAGACGUCCUUCCGCCGCGGCUAUUAAUGCAUGGCUUUCACCCAGGAUUAUAUCGCUUUACGGGGGGGUCGCGGAACGUUUAAUAAUGGAUCCAGGGCCGGUGCCAUCGUUAUUAUGAUUAAAGCUGCUGCGGGGGCUGCCGGGGAAUGAUAUCUCGUUUAUGGGAGUUUUUACAGUAUUGUUUUCUACGUGAUGUAUAAAUUCUUCCUCCCCGUU